GUAAAGCGCACACAUCCGUGCAGGGUCAGACCUGAACGUGGAGCUGGAGCCAACAUCUGUGAGCUCUCAGAGUUUCAGGUGGACCGAAAAUGUUUCCAAAGCUCAUUUUCACCACCUUCUCCUUCUUCUUCUUCUACUUCUUCAUGUCCCUCAUCGCUCAGAUGAGCAUUCACGCUUUCAAAGUCAUCUCAUCCUCCUCUAAUACCCACCACAACAUCACAAGGGCAGCUGUUUUACAGACAUCAGCAGAGGCGUGCAGGACCCAUGUUCUGCAACAGGGUGGAAACUUCGUCCCGCCAAACUCACUGACCGCAGAGUCUCUGGCCAAAGCCUGCCUCUCUCCUGCCUCAGCCUCCACAUUAAAGUCCGCCAUCACCGAUAUCAGCAUAAGGAACGCCUGGGUGGACGGCAGACGCAUGUUCAACGUAGAGUAUCAUUUCGAUGAUGAGAGUUUCGAGCAAGCGCGCAACCUGAUCACGGAGGGAGUCUCUCUGGUGAAGGCCAGCCUCAGACUGAAGAACUAUGAGUACGCAAGACAGCGGCUGGGCGAGACCCUGCACACCUUACAGGAUUUCUACAGUCACAGUAACUGGAUUGAACUGGGAAACCGGUCUCCGUACUCCACCCUCAUCAAGUCAAGUCUGCCUCUGGACAACCUUGCAGACGUGAACACCCCAACGUGCAGCAGCUGCGAUGGCGACUGCACGGGCAACAUUCUGGAGACGAUCAUCACCCAGAAGAAACUGACUUCUGGAUAUUUCAGCCUGCGAAGCCCUAACAAACCCAAAGGGAAGUGCAGCCAUGGAGGACUAGGUGACCUGACGAGCUUGGUGACACCCAAAGGGGGCAUCAACAAGGAUGGCACCACGACCGCUCACGGCAGCCUCCACUUUGUGGCAGCAGAUGUGGCCACAGCAGCCACCAGGGAUCUUCUGCAGGACAUCAGAGAAGCAGCAGGAAAUGUUGAAUUCCUCAGACUGAUGGGAAUCUCUAAGUCGUCCUCAGUCCUCUGUUUCGUGGUGGACACCUCAGCCAGUAUGACAGAGGAAAUCGCUGAAGUCAAGCGUAUCACUUCCUACAUCAUAGACAGUAGGCGGGGCACCGUGGAUGAACCUUCCGCCUACAUCCUGGUCCCAUUCAGCAACUCAGGUUUCGGGCCAGUGUAUAAAACAACAGACCCGGCUGUGUUUAAAACUGAAGUCAAUGCUCUUUCUGCCGGCGGAGGAGGAGCAGAUGAUCUUGAAAUGAGUCUGUCUGGACUUUGGCUUGCUCUUGCAGCUGCUCCUGUGGCAUCUGAGAUCUUUCUUUUCACUGACGGAGAACCCAAAGAUGCUGAGAUGAAAAGUACAGUUCUGGCAUUGAUUGAGAGCACCAAGUCCACGGUGAAUUUUGUGCUGACCAAUCCUCGGAGCAACACGACUCGCAGCCUCUCCAACCCAGUGAACCAGGUGUACGAGGAUUUAGCGGUGGCCUCAGGUGGACUGGGCAUCGAGGUCCCCAACCAACUGCUAGCUGACACUACUAGUGCCAUCAACGACACCUCCAUCUCUUCUCUGGUCACCAUAUUUCAGACGGUGAGAGACCCGGGGACAGCAGAACCUUUCUCCUUUGCAGUGGACUCCUCUGUGAGAAACCUGACGUUCUACAUAACAGGAAAUUCAACACAGUUCACCAUCACUGCUCCCUCUGGUCAGUCUCAGUCGAGCGGUCAGUCAGACGGUUCUCUGGCUGUGAUUCAGAGCGUGGUGAACUUCCACAUGGUGCAAGUCAAAACCUCCAGCCAGGCAGGAGGGUGGACCAUCUACAUGAACUCAACUCAGCCCUACACACUCAAAGUCACCGGAAAAAGUUCAAUAAACUUCCAGUUUGACUUUGUGGAGGUUUACCAGGUGCCUCACCCCGGCUACACUGUGUUUAAAAGCAGGCCUCGAUCAGAUGGAAACGUGACUCUACUGCUGUCUAUGCUUGGCUCGGGGUCAGAGGUCCCUACAGAAGUGACCCUGGUUGAAGCCUCAGGCUCCAGGUUCCACACAAGCCUUCUGGAGGACGUGGGGAACGGAGACUUCCUGGUGACGGUGACCACAGUGCCAAAGUGGGAGUUUUAUGUACGCGUCAUUGGUCAGACCAACAUUGGUCAGACCUCUUCCUCCACCUCAGACUAUCAUUCUUUCCAGAGACAGUCGUCCACCCGGCACAGAGCUUCCAGUUUUGGUGUCACUGCUGAGAGAAAUGGAACAUGGUUUCCAGGGCAGCUGUUCAGCAUCCCUUUCACCGUGGCAACAAGCAACAGCUACAGUAACUACACCGUCACUGCCCGGAACAGUGGUCAGUACAGCAUGACGUUCCCCAGCUCUCUGACAACAGGUAGUGAUGGUAGGGCUAACGGCGUGGUGGAGCUCAGCACCCCAGGUAACGCUACAGCCGGCACUGAGGUCAUCCUCACCAUCGAGGUGACAAAGCCGGAGACAAACGACAUCAACUACGCUUUCCUGAGGCUCGCCGUGUCCAGGGCAGUGGCGCCCCCUGCUGGCCUGGCUCUCAGUCUGUGGCUUAGUGCAGGAACUCUCCUAAUCAGUCUUGUAAUCAAUAAGUAGAAACAAAACAUGACCUGUGAAUGCGGGUUUGUAUGUGGUGGUGAUUUUGAUAAAGAAGGAAAGUGGUCAGAGCGCCCCCUGCUGCUGGCGUCCAAAAUAUGACUGACAAUGAAAUUGAUGCACAUUACAGGCUAUACACCAUAAUGUGUCGCGUCACACUAUCCUGAUCAUCUGGAAAAUGGAACUGUAUGCAUUUCAUCCCUGAAGCUGGAAAAGCUUUUGAUUAAAUUCUGUGAAAGACCACACAAAAGAUCAUAUACUUGCCAAUGAAAAUCAUCUUAAAUCUAGUACAUUUUAUAUUUUUCAUUCUGAGAUUGCUGCAAUGAUAUAAUAACAACAUGAUGUACUAACAUAUGUUACAUAUUCUUGUAUAUUGUUUUGCUAUUUUGUCUACUUAGGGUUGGAUGUAUUUGUAAUGUACAUUUAUUGUUCUGUUUUAUGUAUUCAUGGUAUAUUGUACACUCAUUUCACACUGUCAUAUAUCUGCACUCUAUAUAGUCCUACAUAAUGUGGUGCUGUUGUGUGUUUCACUUUGGGGCCUGAAGAACAACAUUUCAUUCUUAUAUAUAUGUUAUGCUGAUAAAUGACAAGAACCACUUGAUUUAAUAAAAGAACUAGAAAAAUGA